UCCGUUCAAAAGAGAUAACCCUCGCUGUACGAGCUUCUUUCUCUACGAGAUUAGGGUUUAGAGCUUAGCAGGACCGAAGAAGCUCUUAAUUGGCGGAACCCUAAACUAAACUAUGGCUGUUCCAUUGCUCAGUAAGAAGAUAGUAAAGAAGCGUGUCAAGAAGUUCAAGAGGCCCCAGAGUGACAGGAAGAUUUCUGUGAAGCCUAACUGGCGUAGGCCCAAGGGUAUAGAUUCUCGUGUGAGGAGGAAGUUCAAAGGAUGCACUUUGAUGCCCAACAUUGGUUAUGGCUCAGACAAAAAGACUCGCCACUAUCUUCCCAAUGGUUUUAAGAAAUUUGUAGUGCACAAUGUCAAGGAGCUGGAAUUGUUGAUGAUGCACAACAGGACCUACUGUGCUGAGAUCGCCCAUGAUGUUUCCACCCGUAAGAGGAAGGAGAUUGUUGAGCGUGCUGCACAGCUUGACAUCGUUGUUACCAACAAAUUGGCUAGGUUGCGCAGCCAGGAGGAUGAGUAGAUCAUUUUUUCUGUUUUUUUGUCAUUGCUGAAAUGUAUCAAAUUUAAAUGUGACAUUUACUGCAGACAUCACUUGGAUCAGUAGGGAAUUUUGUUUUGAAUUUGUUAUUGACCUUACAACUGAGCGACACUGGUACUUGUUUGAGUUAGCCAGUUGAAAGAGUUUGGCAUUUACAUUUUUCCAAUUUCCAUGUUGGUUCCUGUUGUCCUCCCUUUCAUGACAUGAUGAAUGACAUGUUGAAUGAA